UUAUGAUUACCGAAUGCUCUAUUUAGGGGCUUCUAAACAUAUGUUCUAUACUGUUUCUGAAGUACAAGUUGUUCCGUAUUUAACUAACGUAUUUGUUUAUUUGCUAGGUACCCUAGAAGUUUGCCGGUUCGUUCUAUUGUGCUCCCGUUGGCCUUAUACAACUGGCUUUUCUAAUGGAUAUAUCAUUUUCUCUAGUGAAUUCUUCGAAUUAAGAAGCUAUUAUGGACCAUGGACAUAUCCGCCUGUCGUUGCCCUUCGGAUAUCACGUGUUGACCGUCUAAUGCGAGAAUAUUCUGGGUACCAAGUGCUCCGAGCCGCUCUCAGUAAGCUAUGUGUGACGACGGAUAUAUUAUCAUUACAUGGUCGGGUAGCACACAGCCUCGUUGGUUAUCUACUCGUUAGCCAAGGGAAAGGGAUGUAUUUGGGACGUAUUUGGGGUGCUAAGCACGUGGAAUUGGCGGCUUAUCAACGUAUAGCUCGAUUUGAUCACUCGCAGAAGCCCCCAGGGCCAGCCCUAAUGCCAGGCUCUUGUCUCAAGCCACUGUCCACUGGCUGCUACAUAGGCGAACGAAUAGGAGAUCUGAACGCGGAUUCGCCACGGCUAAUGGAGCCACGUAGAGUCGUGUACACAAAUAUAGUUGGGGUCCAAACGACUUAUAGCCAGAAACUAGUUUGCCGAUGCCGUGCAUGAGCGGACUCGGCGGGCGCUUGAACCC